AUGUGCCGAGCAGCAGAGAGUGUACAGCUAGGAGAAGCGAGAAUUGGGAAGGAUAUUUUAUCGGUUAGUCUAGAAGCAGUAUCGGGCACGAGGCUCACAGUGCAGCAGAAAGAAGAAGAGGGUGCGGGGCAAUCGGACGAUGUUGUGGCUGAAGGGUCGCCCGAAGUGGGAGUUUUGCAUGAGUUGAUUGUUGCCAUGUACUAUUUGUUGCGUAUUUGCUUCUUUGUUCCGUUUGCUUUCCGGCCUUUGCACGCCGGCAGACUGUUGUCUGAAACAGUGGAUAUGAAAGAAAUGAGUCCGAUUCCGUGCUGCGUCGGUGCUGCUUUUAACGAGGCGAAAAAUGUCGGAAAUGAGCGUCCGGAACCGGGUUACGUUGUAAAGUUCCGAAAGGAAGACUGGGAAUUCAGCGAAGGGCGCAGCAUGGAUCAAAACAAACUGUUCCUCAAUGUAUGCCACUGUUUACGGAUACUGCCUCCAACCGGCGAUGUUAGCCCGGUUAGUCGCCAUCAUUUCAGUCAAAUUAAUGAGUUUCUCUUGGGGGACAUUUUCGUCUCAGUCAGAAAUAAAUAG